AAGAUGAUCCAAAUAGUACUCAUUAGUAUCACGAACAAGUUUUCUGAAAAAUAUUAGGGCAUACAGAGAUAGCAAACAAUAAUUUUCUCUUCGGCAGUUGCAAUCAGAUGACGAGAAUCUCUCUGCUUCGUUACUCUUCCAAUGGUAUUAUUCCCUCUAUCUCAUUUUCUGCUAUUUCACGUUCUUCUUCGGCAAUUGCAAUCAGAUUUUAUUCUUCAUAUCAUAGCAAUACAUUCAGUUUUGAGAACGUCAAGUGUUCAGAUGAUGCUCUGACUCUCUUCCAUCGAAUGGUAAGAACGCAGCCUCUUCCUUCUGUUUCUUGCUUCGCGAAAUUAUUAAAGACUAUGGUAAAUAUGAAGCAUUGCUCUACUGUUCUUUCUCUUGUUCGAGAAAUGCUGAAAUUGAACAUCCCAAUUAAUAAUUUCAUCUUGAAUAUAGCGAUCAACAGUUAUUGCCUAAUGCAUCGUUCUGACUGCGGAUUUUCUAUGUUAGCCAUUUACUUGAAGAGUGGUACUCCAUUUGAUGUUGUCACUUUUAACACCUUAUUAAGGGGACUCUUUGCUGAAAAUAAGAUCAAAGACGCAGUUAACUUGUUCAAAAAGUUGGUGAGAGAGAAUAUUUGUGAGCCUAACGUAUUCAUGUUUUCGACUGUCAUGAAUGGGCUUAGCAAAAGGGGCCAUACUCAAAAAGCUUUUGGUUUGCUACGAGUAAUGGAACAAGGAAGCACUAAGCCCAAUGCAUACAUCUAUAACAUUGUAAUAGAUGCCCUAUGCAAAGAUAGAAUGUUGGAUGCUGCAUUUAGCCUUUUUGAAGAGAUGAAACAAAUAAGCAUUCCUCCGGACAUUGUCACAUAUAAUUCAUUGAUUGAUGGUCUCUGUAAGUUUGGUCAGUGGGACAAGGUAAGGACUUUGUUCUUUGAAAUGGUAAAUCUUAAUAUUUAUCCAAAUGUGCGCACCUUGGCUAUAGUAACCGAUGGACUAUGCAAAGAAGGCAAAGUUGGAGAUGCUGAGGAGGUAAUGAGACACAUGAUUGGAAAAGGUGUAGAGCCUAAUGUGGUCACCUACAAUGUGAUAAUUGAUGGAUAUUGCUUGCGCGGUCAAAUGGAUAAAGCAAGGAGACUUUUCGAUUCCAUGAUAGAUAAGAGCAUUAAGCCUGACAUUGUUAGCUAUAGCACAUUAAUAAAUGGAUAUUGUAAGAACAAUAAAUUGGAUGAGGCCAUGGAUUUGUUUCAUGAAAUUUCUCGAAAUGGAUUGAGACCUGACAUUUUCACCUACAGUAUUAUUUUGAAAGGCCUAUUUGAUGUUGGAAGAACUGACUUUGCGCAAAAAUUCUUUGUUGAGAUGCAAUCUACAGGGCUCAAACCUAAUUUAUGCACUAAUCUCAUUUUGCUCUGUGGUUAUUUUCAGAAUGGACUUGUCGAGAAAGCUAUGUCACUAUUUCAUAAGUUGGAAAUACAGAGAGAAGAUACUGAUAUUGAAUUUUACAAUGCUGUAAUUCACGGAUUGUGCAAAAAUGGUCAGCUCGACAAAGCUCAUGCUAUUUUUGAGAAGCUUUCUUUAAUUGGAUUGUUUCCCGAUGUGAUAACAUACAAUACAAUUAUAAAUGGAUUUUGUCUAGAAGGAUUGUUAGAUGAAGCUAAAAAUAUGCUAAGAAAAAUGGAGGAGACUGGUUGUUCGCCAAACAAUGGCACCUACAAUGUUAUUCUGCGAGGAUUUCUCAAGUUUAGCAAAAUUUGUGAAAUUACAACUUUUUUGAAGGAAAUGAAUGAAAGGGGCUUCUCAUGUGAUGCAGCUACAGCAAAGUUACUGAUACACCUUAUAGCAGAGAAUCCUUCUUUGCUAAACAUGAUACCACAGUUUCACUCGGGAAGUAAGGAGUGAAUUUUUAUUCACUUGGUUUAUUCAGCUAGACUUAUUACUGUGAUGCAACUUCCUUUCACCUCUGCGAAAGAAAUCACAUCUAAUGGAAUUGCGGAAGCUAAAAGAAUGGCAGUUAGAACAUUGCUUGAGCUGUCCAAGCAAGCUUAUUGAGGAGGUACAUCUAUUUUGAUUGUUUUUCAAUUCUACACUAUCUUAGAAAUCAUAAUUUAUUGCAGUCUUAAUAUGAGAAAUGAAAGUUUCCUUAUGUGCACAUGUUAAGUCUAGGAAAAUCAUUUUCCGUGGUAUUUAGUGAUUCAGGUAAUAGUUUUCUAUCUUUUCAAUAAUCAAUAGCAACUUUCUGUAACUUAGUAAUAGCUGUAGAAACAAUAUUUUUGAUAGUUUCGUAGGUCUUGGUAACAUAACCAUAAAUGUAACACCAGAGCUUACAUGAUAACAUGGUACCAGCUCCUAAUCACCACUGCGCACAGUUGGCCAGCAUCAAGUGAGCUUGAAUUACCAUAGUUGAUCCAACAAAAAGGUAUGUUUAAAAUUGCCAUAGCAGCUUUACCCUUAUAUGCAAGAAUUAGGGACAAUACUUUCUCCAGGAAAUAAUCUCUUGGUUUCUUUUGUCUAAUGCAAAUUCUAGUGCGAGGAAGACUACAGAAACCAAAAGUUACCUCCUUUCUGACAGGGUCAGAGUGUACAAAUCCAUUCCAGAUGAGGUCUUCCCCACUGGUACUAUUGUGCUUCCUAUUUGUGAAGAUAAGUGGGUUGCUGUGAGCUUGGAAUUCCCCAAUGAGAAGUGUAGCUAAUUAUGUAUUACAGUAGAAACAUGUUACUUACGUUUAUCGUCCUCUGAAACACAGAGGCUAGACUGAAUCAAGGACUAUUAUAGCUACCAUCUAUUUAAAGUAUUUUUAAAAUUUAUUUUCUGAAACAUUGAAGUGCUUUUUGGAAGUUUAGUGGUAUUAAUAUGAACUUAACAGGGUAAGUUCUUAUCAUAUUUUAGUUGAUUAACUGGGACUGCCCGAGUUCUUUUUUAAAUUGCGUUUUCAUUAUGGUAUUACCGAACGAUAACUACUUAAAUAAGUUCAUAUCUUAAUUGCUGCUUGAUAGUUAGAGGCCUCAGAUGCAGAUAUUCUGCUUCCUGAUCCCAUUUCCCUUUUAUAGUAACCUUUGCUACUUUAUCUGUCAAGUUGAAUAAGCACUUAGGACUUGGAUUUGGUAAUUAGCUCUCCCUUUAGUGAGAACAAUAGGGUUUCAUAUUGAUCCAAAUAGAUGUUAAGGACACUUAGUUCAGGCUAAUAGAUGUUUUCCCUGAGAUUCACUUAGUGAUGACAUGUUAAUGCAGUUGGAAGACUAUCGAAAAAUAUACUUUUGUAGAGCAAAUUGACAUCUUUCCCAAUUUCAGGCAAAUGUUUCCAUACUGUGUCCUCGGACUUGGAAGAUGUUCCCCAGCCGAAACUUGCAUGGAUUCACUGUGAAAGAUGUUCCCCAGCCUGAAGAAAGCAAAAGUAAUUUUUUGGUUUGUGCCUAUAUGAAAGUAAAUUCCACUAAUGCUUUUUUUACUUUACACUGCUAGGACAACUAACUUCUAAUAAUUUCACGGAAAGACUCGUCAGCCAGGUGACUCAACUAGCUCUGAAAAGCUCUCCUUGUGAAAGUUUGCUUUUCAUUACCAAAUAGCAAGGGAACUCCAUAGUUGGAUGUCCAAAUUCAACUUCAGUUCUGAGUUGUGAGGUGGAGGAUGAAGAAAGGGAAGGUAAAAGGUGUUCAAAGUUUUCUGCAUCAUGUACUCAUUCAGUCUUCACUCUAAACAUACCUCUCCAGUCCAUAGGUGCUGAAAAGUUUAAUGCAUCUUCAAUUUUGCGGGGUGUGCGUGGUAUCAAUGUUCCAGUUGCCUAAAGAAACUCUAUCAUCAGCUGCAAUGGCACCAAUCCAUUCCUCUACUGUCUAGAAUGCAAAUUCUAGCGCGAGGAAGACUGUAGAAAUCAAAAUUACCUCGUUUGUAACAGGGUCAGAGUGUACAAAUCCAUUCCAGGUUGGAUGUUGGUCAUGGAAGCUGAAAUGGAAAGUCAAAAUUCCCUACAAAGUUGCUUGCUUUACAUGGUUAUUAGCAAAAGAGGCAGUUCAGACACAAGAUAAUUUAAUCAAGAGAGGAGAACACUUAUGCUCUAGAUGUUAACUUAUGUAGAGAGGAGGCAGAGACAAUAAGACAUCUCUUUUUGACUUGCAAGUUGACCGUACAAUUAUGGAGGAUUUUCAUCAACUUAAGAGGAAUUUUAUGGGCUAUGCUAGGAAGAAUACUUGAAGUUCUAGCUUGCUGGAAUAAAGAAGGUAAUAUUUCUAGACAUAAAGAGAAAUGGAGAAAUGUCCCAGCCUGCAUAUAGUAGACAAUUUGUGAAGAGAGGAAUCAGAGAUGCUUUGAACUUGAAGACAAGUUCAGUGACAUCCAGAAGAUGAAGAUGGAAUGUCUAGUUCUUUUCUAUUUUUGGUGUGAAGGAAAGUUUUUGGAGGAUCAUGAAUCCAUUUGUGAUGUUCUAGAAUCCUUGUGAGAAGACCAAGGAUUAGAAGUGUUUGGUUUUUAUGCACUCCCCUUUAUAAUUAUGGGUGACUUCACAGUUCUAGUGAAGUCUAUAGUAAUAUACAAAUAUGUUACCUUCUCAAAAAAAAAAAAGGGAUACUUUGUUAGUUAUUCUAUUCACAAUCAUAGCUGGGAGGAAAUGCAAAUGUCCCAACUAAAUUUGAGUUACAGAAAGACUAGUCUCAUUCUUCAGCUUCGUUCGCAGACUUCAUCACGUUGGCGACAUAGAACCCGAGACUAAGAACUGAAAGAGCAGCAAAAGUCAUUUUCAUCACUUUCCUUGGCUUCUUCAGGUUUGCAGCCAAACAGCUAUCGUAUCCGAUUUACACCCACACUAUUCAGACUUCAAUGACAUCAUCAUCCAUUCAAUUAUCGACAUGGAUGCUGACAUGAUCACCAUCUAGAACUCCAGGUCAGAUGAGGAAUUUUGUCUGUGUUCCAGGAGUGAAGUAUGGUGCUGGCAUUGGUCCUGGAGUAUUCGCCAAGGAUUCCAUCAACAGAAGAAAUUGCUGACAGAAUCAAAAAAAUGCUUGCAGUCCUUCAUACCAACAUCCUCUGAAGUUAAUCCUGCUCUCAGCAACAUGGUAGUUGCUGCUAAGCUCCUCCGCACGCAGUUGUCCAGCACCAAAGAGGGGCCAUCCAGUCUCCUAUAAAUGGAGAUCUGGACUGCAUACAUGGAAAAGGCUCAUGGAGAUAAAAGAAGAUAUAGAGAAAAACAUUCACUGGAAAAUCCGUAAAGGGGAGGUGUCCUUACUGGACAGGGAAGGGAGCUCUACCCAGGCUAGGAGUUCAAUGUUCAACCCUUCGAAAGACCAAAGGUCUAUCAGUUUUUUUGUGUUAAGACUUUUGGAGGGCAGAAUACCUACUGAUGAUGUGAUUGUUUGGUAUUCUUUGCACUUCAAAAUGUACUUGUUGUAAUCAGGACGAAUGUGAAUCCAUUGAUUUUCCAGUAAAUCCUGUGGCAUUUCAGUUCAACUAGCUAUGAAAUGGUGAUUUCAUGAUGUUGGCGAUGUAAAGCCCAGUACCAAGAACCAACAGAGCAACAAGAAUCAUUUUCACCACUUUCCUUGGCUUCGUAAGUUUUGCAGCCAAACAGCUAGCAUCUCCGGUCGUUUCAUCAUCGGUCGAAUCAUCUGUUGAUUCAUAUUCAGAUUCACGGAAAGUCCUGAAACCUUUGCCAUUUGUUCUGUGCAGCCGGCCAAAAAGUGUUACUAACCGGUCAUCCUCCAAAGCCGUCUGAACAAAAGAUGGAGGUUGUGCAAAAAAAGUGAUGCCUUCAGAGCUAUCCAUGUUGCAACCAAGUUUUGCUAGUAGAUCUCCAGCCUUUAUUUGCUCCCUUACGUACGGAGUAUGACGGGAUCAUCCAACUGCCGGAUUAGGAACCUGCAGUCGUGAAGAAUAUUAUUAAAUAAGGGGUGUGAGCUCUGUAAGAUAGUGAUAACUGUCUGAGCAUCUAUAUUCACUUCGAGUGGCUUGUAGCCAUGAGUAAAAGCCAAUUGCAAUCCAUGAUAGAGUGCAAGCAGCACAUUUUCAUUACUCCCAUUAGUGAUAAGGUGGCCAGUAAAACCUUUGAGCCAACUGUCGGAUGAGUCGCGUAUGACACCACCAAUCCCUCCCUGACUUGUAUUUAACCUAGCUGAACCGUGUGUAUAUAGCUUAAAUGUGUUAAAGCUAGGAGGGUGCCAUUUUAUUUGCAUUGGAA